AUGGACACUUUGUUCUUCCUCAAGGAAAUUGCUAUGUCCAUUUUGAUCUUCUUGAUCACCCAUCUCUCCAUUCGUUCACUCCUCAAAAACCAUCACAAGAAACUUCCACCAGGGCCAAGAGGUUGGCCAGUUGUGGGUGCUCUGCCUCUAAUGGGAAGCAUGCCUCAUGUCACACUCUCAAAAAUGGCCAAAAAAUAUGGACCCGUAAUGUACCUCAAAAUGGGCACUAACAAUAUGGUUGUAGCCUCUACUCCUGCUGCUGCUCGUGCAUUCCUCAAAACCCUUGACCAAAACUUCUCCAAUCGACCCCGAAAUGCUGGUUCAACUCAUUUAGCUUAUGAUUCACAGGACAUGGUGUUUGCUCAUUACGGAUCAAGGUGGAAGUUGCUUAGGAAACUAAGCAACUUGCACAUGCUUGGAGGAAAGGCUCUUGAUGAUUGGGCACAAGUUCGAGAGGAAGAGAUGGGGUACAUGCUUCGUGCAAUGUAUGAUUGUAGCAAGAAGGGUGAGGCUGUGGUGGUGGCUGAAAUGUUGACAUAUGCUAUGGCUAAUAUGAUUGGUCAAGUGAUAUUGAGUCGUCGUGUGUUUGAGACAAAGGGUUUGGAGUCAAAUGAAUUCAAGGACAUGGUUGUUGAACUCAUGACCGUUGCUGGGUACUUCAAUAUUGGUGAUUUUAUACCCUUUUUGGCAUGGUUGGAUUUGCAAGGCAUAGAACGUGGCAUGAAAACGUUGCACAAGAAGUUUGAUGUGUUGAUAACAAAGAUGAUUGAGGAUCAUGUGGCUUCGAGUCAUAAAAGAAAGGCUAAACCUGAUUUCUUAGAUGCUGUCAUGGCUCAUCAUAGCGAAAUUUCUGAUGGGGAGAAACUAUCGCUCACCAACAUCAAGGCACUACUAUUGAAUCUGUUCACCGCAGGCACGGAUACAUCUUCAAGUAUCAUAGAGUGGGCACUAGCUGAGAUGUUGAAAAACCCCAACAUCAUGAAGAGGGUUCAUGAGGAAAUGGACCAAGUCAUAGGCAAGGGUCGACGCCUCCAAGAAUCUGACAUACCAAACCUUCCUUACUUGCAAGCAGUUUGCAAAGAGACGUAUAGAAAGCACCCAUCAACCCCAUUGAACUUGCCUAGAGUCUCAGCUGAACCAUGCCAAGUGAAUGGCUACUACAUCCCCAAGAACACUAGGCUUAGUGUGAACAUAUGGGCCAUAGGGAGAGACCCUAAUGUGUGGGAGAACCCUUUGGAGUUUAAUCCAGAGAGGUUUUUGAGUGGGAAAAAUGCAAAAGUUGAUCCACGUGGCAAUGAUUUUGAGUUGAUUCCAUUUGGUGCUGGGAGAAGGAUUUGUGCUGGGACAAGGAUGGGUAUUGUGUUGGUUCAAUACAUUUUGGGCACUUUGGUACAUUCAUUUCAUUGGAAGCUACCAAAUGGUGUUGUGGAUUUGAACAUGGAAGAGUCCUUUGGGCUUGCCUUGCAGAAAAAGGUUGCACUUUCAGCAAUGGUUACCCCUAGGUUGCCCCCGAGUGCUUACAUUCCUUAG